UGUAACCACUGCCAAGGAGAGUGCAGAGGACGGAGGGAUGAAUGUUCUGUGUCCUGGGCUUCUGCAUGGGCCCCAAGGAAAAUAGUGGAUGAAAUAUAAUGGGUGGGACCCCGAACCACAACUGCCGAAGAAAGGCUAGCAGUGGGAAGCCCGACCCCAAACAAAGGAAUCAGGAGGGCCUUCAGCUACCAGGAGAGAAGCGAAGUUAUUCACCUGGCUGUUAAGGCUGACAGGAUAUUGUGGUUGGCUCCAUCCCUGAGGCUACGUGGACGCCCUUCCUGGGAGCACAUACCCGGUGUCCUCUGGGGAGCAGUGGAGCCAACUUCAGGACUCACUGAUCAUGACUUCUGUAAAGGAGCAGGCAGCAAUUAGCCGGCUCUUGAGUUUUUUACAGGAUUACAAUGCUGGCAAAGUCGCAAGGAGUCACAUCCUCAACAAUUUCAUUGAAACCAACCAAGGCAAGACUGCCCCUGAGGCUAACAGGAGUUUUUCCCAGGGAGCCAGCUUGUUCCUGGUCCGCUUGACCACCUGGCUUAGACUCACCUACAUGACUGGCUCACGUUUAGAUAAGCUGCUCAGGUCCAUUGGCAUCUUCUUAUCAGCUGUAAGCAGUAAUCGAUAUCUUGUAGAAUUUCUUGAGGUUGGAGGGGCCCUAACACUCUUGGAAAUACUUGCACUGAAGAAGAUCGAGGAGGAGGACAAGAAGGAAUCCAUCAAGCUACUUCAGGUUAUCGCAAACUCUGGCAGGAAGUACAAGGAGCUCAUCUGUGAAAGCUAUGGUGUACGAUCCAUAGCAGAAUUUUUGGCAAAGUCUAAGUCAGAAGAGACCCAGGAAGAAGUGCAGAUUCUGUUGGAUUCUUUGAUCCACAGUAAUCCCAAGUACCAGAAUCAAGUGUACAAAGGUCUAAUAGCUUUGCUGCCCUGUGCGUCCCCGAAAGCUCAGCAGCUGUCCUUGCAGACUCUCAGGACUGCCCAGUCGAUCAUCGGGACAACACACCCCGGCAUUGUGGACGGCGUGCUGAAGGUGCUGCGCACUAUGCACCUGGAAGUCCAGUAUGAAGCCAUCGAGCUGAUCAAGGACCUGGUCAACUACGACGUGUGCCCGGCGCUGCUCAAGGGCCUCGUGGCGCUGCUGAUACCGUCCUUCGAGGAGACCAGCAAACAGCAGUCCCAGAUCGUCAGCGACUCCUCGGUUCUGCAGCUCACCGCCCACCUGCCGUUGUUCUUGCAGCAGGCCGCGGCCGCCAAGGCCAUCGGGAUCCUGGCGCGAGGCAACACGAGCCUAGCCGAGGAGAUGCUGCACCUGCGCGUGGUGCACAGCCUCAUGGCCGCCAUGGGCAACAUGGACCACAGCAACAGCCAGCGGCAGGCCAGCCUCACGCUAGAGUACUUUGUGCAGUUAUUCCCCGUGGUGGAGGAGCACGUGCGCAGGUCCAUGGGGGAGGAACUCUACAAGCUCUUCCGUAGCAACGCCGAGGACUUGUACGUGAAAAUAGAUAGCAUUCAGGCGGACAUCUUGGCGGCCAACAAAGUCAAUGUCACCAAAGAGCUGUAUCUCAGUGGCCUCUCCGACAGCACCAUGAGCUUUUACUUUGGCCAUUGUAAUCAGGGUCAGGUGGCCUACAUCACACACUUCCAGAAGGAGGCUGUGGAAGAAAAGGAGUAACAGAGCCUCCAAGGCCAGCCAGGAAGCCAAGGCUGUGUGGCAGGGAAGCCUGGCAGAAGGAAGGAGCCAGGGCCAAGCCCCGGUUGAC